AUGGUCAUAAGGUCUUACCUGGUGAAGAGGCUCAGACAGGUGAACUGUUGUUCUGACGAGUUGUUCUGAAGUAGGGGGGAAAGUUAGACAUAAAUAAGGUUGGUCAGAGUGGUGGAGGAGGAGUUGGGAAUGAAAAUUCCCCCAUACCAUCAUUUGACCUGCAAUCUGAGAGGUGACAUCACAGCUCCUCACCUUAUACAGUAAAGUGCCACUCCUUCUUCCUCCCCUGAUGAUGGUGAUGAUGAUGCUGAUGGAAAUUCCUCCACUUUAUCUGAUGCCUUUUUUUUUUUUUUUUUUUGUUGAGAAUAUUGUUUUGUUUCCCUGUCCCUCCCAGGUUAGGAUCAUCAGACACUGUGAGUCCUGGACUAUAUAAGACACAGACUCUCACAUCAGAGUAUCAACAUCCAUCAGAAGCUGCUGACAGCAAGUUUGCUGCAUCAGGAAGAAAGAAGAAAAAAGAAAAGCAAAGAAGCUGAAGUCAUGAUCUCCACACUACUGGUAAAGAUUUGUAGAUUUUUUUAUCACUAUUUCUGUGUUGAAAAGGACACAAACUUUAAUUUCUGUGUUAUAAAGGGAACAAAUUUGGUCGUAUAUGCAAGAAAAAAACGUUUUUUGAUAUGGGAAGUAAUGUGAAAUUUUAUUUUUAUCUUCUAGGUGUUUUUUUUUUUUGUUAUAGUUCAUGGUAGCAUAUAGUUUAAAAACUCCCUACUCUUUCUGUAAAUGUUAACCAGAUUACAAAUACUUUAGCAUGCCUGUCACAGCUCCACUUAAGCAGCACAAUAGCUCAUUUAUAAGAAGCACAUAGGCAGGCUUAAGGAUAUUUGUGAUUGACUUAUUAAAAUCUGAGUCUGAAAAACAUAAGGCAGAAAUUCUGUGUCUCAAAUAGAUCAGAGAUUUUCUGUAAGAAAUCAUAUAUUACACAGUAAUGUAAUAAAUAUGAGACUCAGAGAUUUAAAGGUUCAUUUUUGUGCUUUUUCACUCUGCAGAAAACCUUCAGACCAGUGUUGGCUGUGAGAGGGCUGCAUCAGUCUGCAGUGAAAGGUGACUAAACUUUACUCAGACCAAACAACAAAAAACAUAUUUUUUAAUGAUUUUUAAAAAUAUAUCUUUUUUACUUCUUCCUUAUUUACCUCUCCCUUCCUACAGUCUUGAAUCAUCCGGCUCCAGAAGAAACUGUCACAGCCAGCUUUGGGAAGUUCAUUAGUGAGCUGAAACCCCAGCACCUGUCCUCCUUAGUGCUCCACCGCAGUAAAAGGAUGGUGCUGGACAGCAUCGGGGUCGGUCUGAUCGGCAGCACAACAGACGUGUUUGAGCUGGCCCUGCAGCAUUGCCAGGUGAGACGCUGCGGGAAAGAGAAAUAAUAUCCUAAAGGUCUUAUCUAAUAUCAAGCAAUUAGACUGAUGAGAGAAACUGCUUGACCUUCUUCUUCCAGUCUUAAGUCAGCAGCUGUGUGUAGACAGAGGAGAGCCAAAAAAAUAUUUGGUUAUUUGGAAGCUAAUUUUGUCAUCAAACCAAACUUGAGAGCAGGCAAAGGUCUGAUGACCUUUCUCUCCAAAUUUCUGUCUUUGACAUAUGACUAACAAAAAGCUCCUCCAGUUUUCAGCAUGGGGGUGAUAUGCCAAAGGGUUUUGGUUAAAGUUCAUUUCAUGCUGACAAAAUGUUAUGCUGUGACUGUGUUUGAAAAACUCCCACAACAAGGCCCUGCAUUUACCUGUCUCCAUCUGUCCCCCUCAGCACAUGUACGCUCCUGAUGAUAUCAGCUGUGUGUACGGACGCAGGGGCACAAGACUUUCUCCCACACUGGCAGCUUUUGUUAACGGAGUGGCGGUGAGUUUGUUUUGGUGGAACAGACGGGUCACAUUAACUUCUUGUACACCUGACUAUUUAAUGUGUGAUUAAGUCAGUAUUACAGCUAUUUCAUAUUUUGUCCCUGUCUGGUUAGCCUACCACACAGGAGACAAUGAUGAAAAUAGAGAAAUGAGCUCAUCUAAAAUUUCCAGCACUGGGUCUGCAAACAUUGUCUGGCUCUUAUUUUGUUAUGUGUUUCAGUCUGUUAUGGAAAAGGGAAAGUCACAGAGAAAGUUGACAGCGACUCUGAUUGUUGUGUUAAUUCAGCAGCUAGACUCAUGGAAAAUCUGCAGAUAAUCAGCUCAUUGUUUUUAAUAUUAAAGGAACCAUGUGUGUUUCUGCCUUAUAAAGUUUAAAAUUUGUGUUUUGUUACCACGCUGCAGACUCACUCCAUGGACUUUGAUGACACAUGGCACCCUGCAACUCAUCCCUCAGGAGCCGUCCUUCCUGCUGUGCUAGCACUUAGCGACAUGAUGCCGGCUAACAGUAAACCCAGUGGCCUGGACUUCUUGCUGGCUUUCAAUGUUGGCAUUGAGAUCCAGGGCCGACUGAUGAGGUUCUCUAAUGAGGCCCAUAACAUCCCUAAAAGGUGAGAGCCCAUACUGUCAGUUACUGGCUUUAAGCAACAUAACAGAAGGUUUUAUUGCACCACAGUGGGUCUCCUUAUGUGAUCAUUUCACAGAUAUAAAGCCUGCUCCCUGAUGAAUGCUUAUAUUUAUAAUCUACAUAAAGAACAAGCAUCCACAUGGGUCUUAAGAGAUCCAUAUUUGACUCUGCUGAACUCAGCAGUAUGGUCUACAAGGAGGCCACUGGAGGCAGUGUAAUGUGCAGCCUGGUGGUGUCAAUGAGCUGUGAAAGUAGUGUUAUUAUGUCCGUCUCAGGGACAGGAGGGUCUCUGUGGGUAGUGUAAGCACAAUUAGUCAUGUGGAGGAGAAUCUCACACAGGUCUCCAUUUGGAAAGUGUUUACACCAGGUCAAACGACCCACCACAUUAUUUGUGUUUAUCUAAUUUUGAAAUGUCUAAAAAUCUGCUUAAAGAAGCCAUCGCUGCAUGUUGUACAAAGGAGGAUCUGUUUAAAGAGAGACAAAAUGAAUCAUAGGAGGCGUUUUCAGAGACAAGAGAGUAAACAGUUCCAAAACACCUUACCAAAGUCCCUCUGUCUGUGUCUCUUCUUCAGGUUUCACCCUCCCAGUGUUGUUGGGACGAUGGGAAGUGCAGCCGCCUGUGCAAGCCUCCUGUCUCUGGACCCCUCCCAGUGCAGUCAUGCCUUGGCCAUAGCUGCGUCUUUAUCAGGAGCCCCGAUGGCUAAUGCUGCCACUCAGUCAAAACCCCUGCACAUUGGUAAUGCUUCACGUUUAGGGCUGGAGGCUGCACUGCUGGCCUCUCGAGGCCUUGAGGCCAGUGCUUUAGUCUUAGAUGCUGUUCCUGGAGUAGCUGGCUUCAGCGCUUUUUAUGAGGAUUAUGUGCCUCAGCCUUUAGAAUCACCCAAUAAUGAUGGCCAUAUGUUCCUAUUAGAGGAGCAGGACAUGGGCUUCAAGCGCUUCCCUGCCCAUCUGGGGAUGCACUGGGUGGCAGAUGCUGCAGCCUCAGUACAUAAGCUUCUAGUGGGGUUCGGCCCUGGCACUGUCUUCCCAGAACAAGUCCAGGACAUCCUGCUCAGAGUCCCCAAGUCAAAAUACAUCAACAGGCCUUUCCCUGACUCUGAGCAUGAGGCUCGCCACUCCUUCCAGUUCAAUGCCUGCAGCGCUCUCCUGGAUGGGGAGGUGACCGUUGAGUCCUUCACACCUGCUGCCAUAAGUCGUCGUGAUCUGCACGCUCUGCUUAGCCGUGUACGUAUAGAGCAUCCUCAUGACAACCCAGCUAACUUCAACCGCAUGUACGGAGAAGUCCAGGUGACACUAGUGGGGGGAGAUAUUCUGAAAGGUCGCUGUGACACCUUCUAUGGUCACUGGCGCAACCCGCUGACCGAUGAGAGCCUGAGGAAGAAGUUCAGAAACAACGCAGGGUCAGUGCUGCCCUCAGGGAAGGUUGAGAGGCUGAUUGAUCUGGUGGAGGAGCUAGACAGACUCGGGGACUGCAGAGCCCUCCUGUCACAGCUGCAAUGA